AUGGGAGAGUGGGUGACGCAGUGGAGGGUAGAAUUUUUGGGGAGGGAAUGGAACGUCGUGGACAUAGGCUCAGUAGUCGUUGUUUUGGCUUUGCAUUUGCUUACUCUUUUAGCUCCAUUUCAUUUCAACUGGCCUGCAUUUUGGGUAGCAGUUGCACUCUAUCUUGUCGUAGGAGUGAGUGUGAAUCUCUCUUACCACAGGCAACUUUCCCACCGGAGUUUCAAGCUUCCCAAAUGGCUUGAAUACUUUUUUGCUUACUGUGGAGUCCUAUCGUUUCAGAGAAGUCCGCUUGAAUGGGUGAGCAUACACCGAUCUCACCACCAAUUUACAGACACAUUGAAGGACCCUCAUAGUCCCGUUAGAGGAUUUUGGUAUAGUCACAUUGGUUGGAUCUUCAAUUAUCGUUCUCGGUUUGGAAGUUAUGAAGCACGACUAAAGAAUGUUGGAGACUUGAAAAGGCAGCCAUUCUAUAGAUUUCUUCAUUAUACGUACCCCCUUCAUGCAAUUGGUUUUGGAGUUCUCCUCUACGCUUUGGGAGGAUCACCCUUUCUGGUUUGGGGACUGGGUGUGAGGUCAGUAAUUUUUCUCCAUGCUACUUUUGGAAUAAAUUCAAUUUGCCACACUUGGGGGCAACAAGUAUGGGAUACUGGUGAUUUGUCUCGAAACAACUGGUUAAUUGGAUUGCUGGCGCAUGGAGAAGGUUGGCAUAACAAUCACCAUGCAUUUGAACACUCAGCUCGGCACGGCCUAGAGUGGUGGCAAAUUGAUAUUACUUGGUACGUAAUAAGAUUUCUUGAAGCUGUUGGAUUAGCAGCGGACGUAAAGCUUCCUACUGAGACUCAGAAGAAUCAAAGAGCUUUAAUGUUAACCAGCAACAACCACCAAAUCAGCAACGAAAAACAGCUCGACUCAAAAGUCAGCAAUGGAAAGCUUUGAAGCUUUUGAACUAGAAAAUACGUUUAUGUCACUAGUUACCAACUUACCAAAUUAUACCAAAUUCAUUAUAAAUAAUGUCCUAUGUCGGUUAUGCUUGUAAUGUGGUGUUAA